GAUGCUGGUAGCUCACAAGUGAUUUGUCUAGCAAAUAAGCCAGCAGCUGCUCUCAGCACUGACUUGGAACUCAGUGAUAUUUGCAUUGGACAGAAUGCAUCAAUGGAGCUCAACUAUAGUACCAUAUAUUACUUUCUGAAAUACAACAUCUAUUUACUGCUAUUGGAUACGUGUUCUGCACUGACCCUUACAACACUAUCGAAAACUAUCCAUGGCACUGUGGGAAAGCCUCUCCUUCUACCCGUUCAUUACAACUUCAACACCUCUACUUCUGGGAUUCAAAUUAUAUGGCUACUCGAGAGGUCUAACUUCCUUCCAAUAUACUUGGUCAACUCGAUGAAUCAAACAGUGGUUCAUGACCUGGAAUUUCAACACAAAUUCACUCUUCGUCCUCCAGAUGCCUCGUUGCUGAUACAUUCAUUACAUUUUGCAGAUGAAGGCAACUACAUUGUAAAAGUAAACAUUCCAGGAAAUACAACUAUUUCAGCCACUCAAAAGAUUGAGGUUACUGUUAACGUUCCAGUUUCAAAGCCAAUUGUCCAAAGUCAGCCGUCUCAUGAAGUGGUGGAACGCGUGGGAAACAUUACAUUUAACUGUUCAGUGACAAAUGGAAAUAGGGUAACAUUCCAGUGGCUGAAAAAUGGAAAUCCGCUACAGAGCAACCCGAGGUAUACAUUUACCAAGAACAAUGCCACAUUUAUUAUUUCUCCUGUAAUGAAGGACGAUGUCGGAAAUUACAGCUGUUCUGCCAGGAAUCCCGUCAGUGAGAUGGAGAGUGAAGCAAUUGCACCAACAAUAUAUUAUGGACCUUAUGGACUUACAGUGAGUUCGGAUAAAGGACAUAAAGUAGGGGGAGUCUUUGCCGUUAAUAUUGGAGAGUCUGUUCAGUUUGAUUGCUCAGCUGAUUCUAAUCCUCCAAUCACAUCUGAAUGGAUACAGAGGACAGAAAACACAACAUUGAUCAUCAAUAAAGGCCCGUAUUUUAAAAUCUUUUCCUACAAAGGUGGUGAAAAGACAAUGGAUUAUUUGUGUCGAGCAUACAACAACGUAACACGGAAACUAGAUGAAACACAAUUCACUGUCAUAAUUACAUCUAAAGAUCCCGAGAAACUUGUACAAAAUGAAAACUCCCUGUCACCGUUGGCUGCAAUAACCGGAGUCUCAUUAUUUUUAAUUCUGUGUAUAUGCCUUCUAUUUGUGUGGAAAAGAUAUCAACUUCAUAGAGCAAUUCACUGGAAACUGCAGGAUAGGAGGAGGUCUUCAACAGAAUAUCGAAGAACACAGAUAUUUUCAGGACAUGAAGAUGCUCUCAAUGACUUCGGAAUUUAUGAGUUUGUUGCCUUGCCUGAUCCUUCUGCUUCUCUCAGGGUACCAAGUAGCAAGUCUGCGUCUGUUUCUAAUGCCUCACAAGGCCAAGACACAACCUGCACAGUUUAUGAAGUUAUACGACAUGUUCCGGUGCAGCCGCAAGAUAAUCCACAAGACAAUCCGCAGCUUCAAUAGCAGAAAAGAAUUUCGUAACAUUGGAAGGAAAUCCGUGGAAAAUAUCAAACUGCAUGAAGAACACGUUGAAAUGACAUGUUUAAUCUCAU